AUGCCCGACGCGCUGCAGCCGCGGCAACGGUUCGAGGCGCUGAGGGCGAGCCUUUUCGGCCUCUCAGAGGCCUUGUUCGACAAGGCUCCAUUCUCCCGCCAGGGCAGCACCGGCGGCUUCCGCGGCUCUGGCCCGGAGCUGGUCACCAUCUCCCGCGGCCUUGGCUCGGCCGACCUGGUGCUCCGCCGAUUUGAGGAGAGCUGGCACGGUCUGCGUGCCGAGGAUCGGCAAAUUCUCUGGGACGAGUGGGAUGCCCUCUUGACCAAGAUGCUGAGCAACGCUCGCCAGCCCUGCAUGCUCUGCCACGUGGCCCCCGGCACCGAUGCCACCAGCCAUCCGUCCACCGGCCUGGACUGCGCUUCAUGUGGCACCAGGGUUGCACUCUACGCAGAGGAGCUGGAGAGCUGCGCCAGCAGGCUUACUGAAACCCUGAAAAAUCUCGCGCCCAUCUCAACAGGGCCAGCCCCGCCGGUGUCCCCGGCCCCGACAGACGUCGCCUUGUCUUUCCCGGCGGUGGGCUCGGAAGGCAACUGCAAGAUUGCCGAAGCCAAAUCUGCUGUCGCCGAGGCCAAAUGCGUAGAAUACAGCGAGACCUUGCAGCAGACGCAGAAUGAGCUCGAGGCCGCCAAUGCCGAGAAGACUAGUCAGGCCGAGGAGCUUGAGCAUCUCCGCAAGGAGAGGGAAGAUCUCCAGGCGAGCAACACGGUCUUCGAGGGCGACCUCAAGGUCGUCAUGGAGAUGGUCGAGCAGUUCGCCGAAGACCUGGACGUGCUCAUGAGGUGGGGAUCGGCCCAAUUAGCGUACGCGCAGCUUGACCGGAUGCUGUGCCGAGAGCUCGCUUGGCUUCCGGAUACCCCCGAGACGGAGCAGCAACGCGGGGAUCUGAAAGUCAAGUCGAUGAGGUUCAGGCACAAGCAGUCGGUGGCUCUGAUGAGGCUUGGUCGCCCCCAGGAGGCCGAAGACAUGUGCCGAGAGGUCUAUGAGGAAAAGGCAGCUCUCGAGGCCGGGACCUCCAAGGCUGUCGUGCGGAGCCUGCUCAAGGACUACUGCGACAUUUUGGUUAAAAACGGCAAGUUUGACAUCGCGGAACAGCAAUACCAGCUCGUUCUGUGGACAGAACUGGGGCCCGGGACGACAGACCGCGAAGACGAAAAGGAGCGCUCCGUCAUCUACUCUCGUCUCGGCGACAUCAAGAUGGAGCAAAAGAGAUACGUGGAUGCCGCGCGGCUGCACAAGGACGCGCUGGAGAAGGUCAUGGAGCUGCUGCCGCUGGACGUGGACCAGGCAGCUGAGUGCGCCGUCAAGUGCCUGGGCUCGCAGCGGAUGCAGGACGACUCCUUUGCCAUUACGGACAACACCAUCGGCAAGCAUCUGGAGACCAUAUGGGUCUCGAGACAGCAGGGCUCCGAAAAGCGUGCGGUACUAGAGUGCGGGCAUGAGCAUGGCGUACGGCUGCUCAACGACGACAAGGACGAGGACGCGGCGACGGCCCUGUCGACGGUGUGGGAGCGCAGAAAGGCGCUCGGUGAGAGUUACAAGAGUGCCUCGAUGGAGACGGCGCUCUGCCUUGUCGACGUCUCGGUCAAGAUGGGCAACACCUUUCGGCUCGAGUCGCUGUACCACUGGAUCACGCAGAACGCGACUGCGGAACAGGGAGAGGCGGACCGGCUGUGGGCGCGGUACCGACUGGGGUGCGUCCAGGCGAUUCUAAGAAAAAACGCAGUGGCCGAGAACAACCUGCGGCGGGCGCUACGCAAGCAGCAGGAGGUGUUUGGCAAAGACGACCCGGACACCCUGCAGUACACCCAAGUGCUCGCCGAGGUGCUGCGGCGCUCAGACCAUGGCGAGGACGCCAUAGCGCUCGUCAGGGACGCGUGGGAGGCGAAGAAGCGAUACCCGCGGGGCUCGUUGCUGGCGGUGCUGCGCAUCGGUCACCUGUACGGCGACAUCCUGUCCGAGUCCAACAUGCCCAAGGACCUGGCGACGGCCGAGGCGGUGCUGCGCGAGGUGUGGGAGGACGUGCACCUGAACCUGUCGACCAUGGCCAUCUCGGCUUCGGAGCUGACGCCGUCGCAGCUCUCGGGGCUCGUGUCGGCGGGCGACUGCUACGCCUUCGUCAUGCUGAAGCGCUCCAAGUUCGCCCAGGCCAAGGAGGUGCUGCAGCCGGUCCUGGACUGGAAGAUGUGGCUCAAGGUCGAGGCGGCCGCGAUCGAGCGCACCAAGUAUCUGAUCGGCAAGUCGAACGAGCUCGAGCUCAAGGAGGCCGAGAACAAGAAGAUCAAGUACCAGCCAACGACGCCGCCGCACUACCACCCGCUGAGGCUGAGACACCUCCUCGACCGGUGGUUCAGCACUGGGACCGUCUCGGGUCUUAUUUCGGACGCGUGA